GUGCACAUGCGCACGCGGGACGGCGGAGAGGGGACGGUAGCGUCUUUGUGCUGCUCGUACAUGUCUCUCUGCACCUCCUCCUUCUCACCAUCCAACCUACCAAUAUUCACCAACAAAUCUGCGACCCGUUCACUAACGCACGCGGCACUGUGUUAAGACCACCAGACCUGGAUCUGCUCCUACCGAUUUUAGCCCGGCGGGACACGGUCUAUACACACUGACACCCAUCUCCGACGACUGCCUUCUUCUCUCAAAACGCACGCAUCUGGCGCCCAAAAGCAGAGUCAAGAGCGACGACAUCAUUGUGAUCGCAAACCGGGAACACCGCCGACAUUACUCGAUGCGGAUCCAGCUCGGGCAGCUCUAGCGUCGGAAGCCGAUGACAUACCGACGACUGAAGAUCCUCAUGAUUUGGGCUUGAGAGGCAUUGGCUUGGGUAUUAGAAGCUGCGAACUUCACCACUGCGCUUGCCUUUCUUGUGUGAGAGCGCAAAAAAACAGGAAAUCAUGGCCAUGGCGUCGACACUGGGGGAGCUGCGGAGGAGAGUUACAUCGGACGGUGCCGAGCUUGCCAGACCAGCUACCACCCAGGAUCACCAGCAUCAGCCUGCUGAACAAGCUCGGCCAGGAAGACCGCGGCGAGCGACAAGCUAUUACAACACCUUCCAAACAAAAUGCGACGUCUCGAACGACACACCACCAACCUACGCCGCCGCUGCACGAACUCCUGCGCGACCGUUACGAACGUCGCAGGAUGGCAGAGAACAGCUGCCCAGCUACACUUGCACGGUGGGCGGAGAGGCCAAAGUUUUAUUGAACCUGGAGUCGAUGAACCCACUGCAUGGGUGUUGCGAGGGCGAGUGGAGCGAAGUUUACGUGGUGGUACGUGGGACCAUGAUCAAUUUCCACAGAGUCAAGGACGGAAAGGCUGGGAAGCUGCUCAAAUCCUACACAUUGCAACACGCUGAAGUCGGACUGGCGACUGAUACCGAACACAUGAUUUUGGUCCCGCAGUCGAGAUUUGCGCAUUUGAUUCCUUCUUCAGCGAGAAGGAGGGCGUGGCAAAAAGACCCGGACCUGUACAAGCCCGUGCCCCAGAUAAUUAUGCGUUUGCGGCUGGAGACGGAUCAAAUUCUACUGGCUGACAGUUGCGAGGAGCUCAUUUUCCAGCUGGUCCACAUCAUCAGCGCAGGAAUUGACAUUUCGUAUGCUAUCGACGAGCGAAGUAUACCGAGGCAAUGCACUGUACCACGGAGGAGAAGACGCAAUCGGCCGCAUUACAACGGCAACAUGGCGGAUCCCGGCUUUCUGGCCGAACAGGAGCGUCUCUUCCGGCAAAUGUACCCAGCUUUCGCCGCGAUGAAUCCCACACGGCCUGAACUUCCACGAAUGGACACACAGACCACGAUGCCGCCUACGCCUGGGCGCGAAGAAGACGAAGUGGAUUUGUCGAUGAUUCGCGAAGACUUUGCUGCUCCCGCGCCUGCCAGCGGACGUACUGCGGAUGCUGCAACGCGUCCACCAAACGUGAGGCAGACAACGAGCACCACUAUCAAUUCACUGCUAGGCACGGAUAUGAUGUAUGCGACGCCCAGCACCAAUUUCAACGAAGACGGGAAAUGGCAGCCUCCGCAUUUGCGCACGCCGCAGCAAACGCUGAGGUAUAUUCGAAGAUGCAUGCCCAUCCUCAACGCUGAUGCUCCACGCGCAAGCGAUGUCAUGGUCGUCGACGGCCGACGCAUGAAACUGAACUGGCGAAUGGAGCUCCUUGAGCAGUGGGAACUACAGCCACCAACCUACAAAGCCCACAACUUCAGCAAUGGUACAACGAACGAGCUACAACGAGCAACUUCUCAACGCUCGUCUUCAGCCUCCGCAGGCCAGAGUGCAGAACCGCAAUGUUCUAGCUCCAUGCUCGAGGGUUGUGAUCAAAUUCUCCCUCUGGAGACUUCAAUGGAUGCGCUGCAACUCACAAAGCUGGUUUCCAACAUGACGCACGCCGGAGACAAAGGUACCGCACACACGGCACAAUCUCCUACUACCAUUAAUGAAGAAGAAUCAAAAUCGCAUCGCAUGCAACAGACAACGUCAGCGGGCACCAGUCCAACAGACGUGCAUGGCGUGGUGUUUUGUUUUUGAGCAUCGAGCCUGGGAAAUGAGACUACAGAUCUCACGCAUCAGCAACCCGCUGAAACCCUUACGAAGUGCCCUCACACGAGCACCACAACUACGACUUUAAUGAGACCCACGAUGCAUCACAGCAAAAAGGCAUCUGAGCAUUAGCAUUCGCUCUUUUCUUUUUAUCUUUUUCUUCAUCUCUCAUCAAAAACGGCGCAUUCAGGGGCCCUACCACGACGACGAUGACAAUCGCUGGACGCGAAAGGAGAGUGGCAUGCAUCACCCAUCUGCAUUUUCUUGAUAGCUGUUUCUUAUCCAUUACAUCAUUACCGCGAUCCCAACGGAGCAGGAGAAAACGAGAUUCUCAGUAACCCUGAUUCUGACUGCAUUUCCAAUCUCUGAGAUACCACUUCUAGCUCUCAUGUGC